UCCUUCUGGUGUCACACAGGACGCAGACCUCUCCGGGUGGUGAUCGUGUGCCCAUUGUGUGCUUCUGUGCCUCAGUGUAGUCUUGUCUCGGCGACCGCGGAACUUCUCAGCACCAAUAACCAUGUUUCUUGCAAGCAAGAUUGUCACCCCUGUGGUGUGCAGGAAUGUGGCCAAUCGUUCAUUACCGGCCGCUCAGAUUCUGGCGUCAUCGCAAAGCACAAUAGUUCAACAGCAGCGCAAGCAGAUCACGAUUGCCCCGAUGUCCUCAGUUUUCGGAACGCUGGCUCCCAUUCGGCCCUUGCACACUUCGAUCGUGUCGCGGGAUAUCGACUCGGCAGCUAAAUUCAUCGGUGCCGGAGCUGCGACUGUCGGAGUAGCUGGCUCAGGAGCUGGUAUCGGUUCCGUAUUCGGUUCGCUCAUUAUAGGCUAUGCCAGGAACCCGUCGCUUAAGCAGCAGCUUUUCGCCUAUGCCAUUCUCGGCUUUGCCCUAUCUGAGGCAAUGGGACUGUUCUGUCUCAUGAUGGCCUUCCUGCUCCUGUUCGCGUUUUAGGUUUUAAAGUUUGACCUUCGUCAUCAUCAAUUAUUACAGCAAGUAAGAAAUAAAAAAGGAAGCAACGAGUACUGCAACAGCACCAGUGAGACAACCAAUAACUAAGAGAAAAAAACAAAAAAUAAGCACAGGAAUGAUGAACUCGUUCCUCUCUAAAGAUGCCACACUAUUCAAAAGAAAACCUGUCUAUUGCUGGCCAGCUGCAGCGAAUCAUCAAUAGGAGAACGGAAGAUUUAAACGCUACCAGUUGAUAUACAUAUAUAAUGAAAAGAAAGGAAGUUUGUGCAUGGUGUGUGAAUGCCAUCUAGCACCCAGGUACCAUAAAACCAUACAACAGAAAGGGUUAGGAUGUAUGAGAAAAUUUUAUGAGAAUAAACCUCAUGCGGAGAGUCGAA